AUGAGUGAUUCAGAGCGAUCGGUUGAGGAGGGCCCCGAAUUCUACCAUCAGAAAGCAUUCACCGGCAACAGAAACAUUAAGCUGAAGGAGUGGGAAAAAGAUUACCUUAAACUGAUCAAUGGAGAUACUAAUCCAACUGUAACCCGAAUCGAAGGAGCAAUAGAAGCUGGUGUUGCUUCAGUCAGUGAUGAUGGUGCAGAUUUUACAAGUACAUUACAGGAAAAUGGUGCAUCAAUAAGUGCUAGUGUGAUUUUCGAAGAUGGAACUAGUAUGUAUGAAGAGGUUACGCCUGUGAAAAGAAAAAGAAAUGUGAACAGACUCUCUAAUGCCGAAAUGCAAAGAUUGAUAUAUGUUGAGCAGUUGGAAGUUUUGCAAUUAAAUAAAAGAAAAUUGCAGUGGCAAUUAGAUCAGAUGAGGACUUUCAGCAGUUGGAAGUUUUGCUAUUAA